CCUCGCCCUCUUGCUCGCCAUGUCUGGCUCUUCCAGUGUCGCCGCCAUGAAGAAAGUGGUUCAGCAGCUCCGGCUGGAGGCCGGGCUCAACCGUGUGAAAGUUUCCCAGGCAGCUGCAGAUUUGAAACAGUUUUGUCUGCAGAAUGCUCAACAUGACCCACUGCUGACUGGAGUAUCUUCGAGUACAAAUCCCUUUAGACCCCAGAAAGUCUGUUCAUUUUUGUAGUAAGAUGAAUCUUUCAAAGGUUUCCUAAGCCACUUCUCAUGAACCAGUGAAUAUUCAAGGAGAGCUAAAUUUGAACUUGUACAAAAGCUUGUCUUCACAGUUACAUGUGCCAUACUAUACAAACUUCUACUUUUGUCAGUCCUUAACAUCUACCUCUCUGAAUUUUCAUGAAUUUCUAUUUCACAAGGGUUGUUUUAUAUACACUGGCAUCUGCAUAUAAUAAAAUAAACUUAAUACAAAAA